AUGUUUCCCAAAGAAUUGAUCCGGGGCUUACGUAAUGGGCCACGUCCCAAAGAAGAGAUCAUUCCUCUUGCCACUGACUUCCUAAAACAGUACUACUCAUCUAUGAAACAAUUGCAGACACAGCAACAUCUGGAUCGUUUGCAAGAAGUUAUACGAGACAUAGAAAUGACUGGAACAUAUCAACUGACAGAGGAUGAGCUCAUUUUUGGAGCCAAGCAAGCCUGGCGCAAUGCUGCACGCUGCGUUGGGAGAAUCCAGUGGACAAAGCUAAAGGUCCUGGAUGCCCGUACUUGCAAAUCUGCACAGGAAAUGUUUGAGUACAUUUGCAAUCACAUCAAAUACGCUACCAAUGAUGGGAAUAUAAGGUCUACUAUAACCAUUUUUCCCCAAAGGACAGAUGGAAAAAGUGAUUUCCGCAUUUGGAAUCCUCAGCUGAUCCGCUAUGCUGGUUACAGACAGCCAGAUGGUUCUGUCCUGGGUGAUCCAAUCAGCACAGAACUAACAGAGCUUUGUAUACAACAAGGGUGGAGACCUCCUUAUGGACGCUUCGAUAUUUUGCCGUUGCUACUUCAAGCAAAUGGAGAAGGUCCUCACUUGUUUGAGAUUCCUGCUGACCUAGUUCUACAAGUUCACCUGCAGCAUCCUGUGUACACAUGGUUUGCAGAUCUGGGUCUGAAAUGGUAUGCUCUGCCUGCUGUGGCUAACAUGUUACUGGAAAUAGGUGGUUUGGAGUUCCCUGCUGCACCAUUCAAUGGUUGGUACCUGAGUACUGAGAUUGGAGUUCGAGACUUCUGUGACCCACAACGGUACAACAUCUUACAGGAAAUUGCUGAGAAAAUGGGACUGGAUGUCAGAAGGACUUCUUCUCUGUGGAAGGACAAGGCAGCUGUUGAAAUUAAUGUCGCUGUUCUCCAUAGCUUCCAGACUGUAAAAGUGACAAUCAUGGAUCAUCAUACUGCUACAGAGUCCUUCAUGAAGCACAUGGAGAAUGAAUACAGAAUUCGAGGAGGAUGCCCAGCUGAUUGGGUGUGGAUUGUUCCUCCCAUGUCUGGGAGCUUAACACCAGUGUUUCACCAGGAAAUGGUUAAUUACAUCUUAAGCCCAGCCUUCUUUUACCAGGUAGAUGCCUGGAGAGAUAUGGAGGGUUUCUUAAAGAAGAAGAAGAUUCAUUUGAAACAAUUAGCCAAUGCUGCAAGAUUUUCAGUUAAGCUGUCCAGCAGAGUCAUGGCAAAGAGAGUGAAGGUGACUAUUCUAUAUGCCACAGAAACCGGAAAAUCUGAGAGCUAUGCCAGAACCCUGUUUAAAAUAUUCAGAAAUGCAUUUAACCCACAGGUCUUGGGCAUGGAUGGAUAUGAUCUUGCCCAGCUCGAACAGGAGACAUUGCUGUUGGUUAUUACAAGUACAUUUGGAAAUGGCGAUGCACCAGAAAAUGGACAGAGGUUUGCAAAAGCACUCAUGAAAAUGGUUCAGUCAUGGUCAAGAACUCUACACCAGCUGAAGUUCUCUGUAUUUGGGUUGGGCUCUCGAGCAUAUCCUAACUUCUGUGCCUUUGCUCAUGCAACUCAAACAUGUCUGAAGAAACUGGGAGCUAAACAAAUAUUAGAUAUUGCUGAGGGAGAUGAGCUGUGUGGACAGGAGGAGACCUUCAGAACCUGGGCCAGGAAGAUUUUUAAGGUUGCAUGUAGCACAUUUGAUGUUAACCAUGACGAAGUGGCUAGUGACAGUAUCUUCGAAACCAGAUGUAACUGGAAGCCAGACGGCUAUCGUAUGACAAUAACGACAGCCUCUAUGGACCUCAUAACAGCUCUUUCACAGCUGCAUAAACGAAAAAUCGUGUCAGCCAGUGUGUUAUCCAGAGAUAACUUACAAAGUGAGAAAUCCAGCCGGUCAACCAUCCUUGUUCGGUUGGACACAGGUGAACAGAAAGCUCUUCAGUACCUUCCUGGAGACCAUAUCGGGGUGUUACCUGCAAAUCGCAAAGAACUUGUACAGGCACUAAUGCAGCGAUUGGUCGAUGCUCCUCCCAUUAAUGAGACAAUCAUUAUCGAAUAUCAGGAGGAAAAGAAAAUGAUAAAUGGUGAGACUGGUUUAUUUAGUAAGCUGUGGGUCACAGAGAAAAGAUUACCUGCCUGCACUGUCUUCCAGGCUUUCUCCCAUUUCUUAGACAUCACCAGCCCACCAAGCACACAGUUCCUGCAACUGCUUGGGACAUUAGCUAAAGAUCCUAAAGAAAAAUCAAAACUGGAAAGGUUAAGCCAGGACACAGCAGAGUAUGAGAACUGGAAAUGGUUUAACAGCCCUACCAUUGUUGAGACACUACAGGAGUUCCCAUCUGUUGACGUUCCCACCUCCCUGCUCCUGACACAGCUUCCUCUGCUACUGCCCCGUUAUUACUCAGUCAGCUCUUCUCCCGAUGUGUGUCCUGGGGAAAUUCAUAUUACAGUGGCUGUUGUUAACUACAGAACCCAGGAUGGAAAAGGUCGCCUUCAUUACGGUGUGUGCUCAACAUGGCUAAAUUCUCUUGAACCUGAAGACAUGGUCCCCUGUUUUGUAAGAAGGGCACCAAAUUUUCAUCUGCCUCAUGACCUCUCAGCACCCUGCAUCUUGAUUGGACCUGGCACAGGUAUUGCCCCCUUCAGAAGCUUCUGGCAGCAGAGAUACUAUGACAUGGAACAUAAAGGUGCAGAACCUACAAAGAUGACCCUAGUCUUUGGCUGUCGGCAGUCUAAAUUGGACCAUAUCUAUAAGCAAGAAACAAUAAAAGCUAAGCAGAAAGGAGUAUUUAAGGAGGUUUACACUGCUUAUUCCAGAGAACCAGGUGUUUCCAAGACAUAUGUACAAGAUAUUCUGAGAAACACGCUUACAGAUGAAGUCAUUCAUAUUAUUCAGGGGGGUAAUGGUCAUAUAUAUGUAUGUGGAGAUGUCACAAUGGCGAGUGAUGUCAUCCUUACAAUUCAACAGAUGCUGGUGUCCCGAGGAGGCCUGGAUCUCAAUGAGGCUGAGGAACGUCUCAAAGAACUUAAGGGUCAUUCUUCAAGUAUGCCUGAUAUUGAUAAAGACUACUAUGCGACCUACUUAUAA